AUGUCCUUUAAAAAUUCAAGCAGAUGGCAGCUUCCUCCACCAAUUCAUCAUCCUGCUUCUGAUGAAAGUACAGCACAUUUUGGAAAUUUUAAAGGAGCAUUUAGGAUAAAAUCCUCAAAAUAUCGUGGUGUUCAAAAGCUGAAGGGUAAAGAAACAUAUGUAGCUCAUGUUUAUGACAAUGGUUAUACACCAACAGAAGGGCGAACAAGGAGAUUUGAGAAGGAAGAAAAUGCUGCAAGGGCUCAUGACAUGGUUUCUCUAAAAUUUUGGGGAACCUCUGCACAAACCAAUUUUCCGAUCAGUGAUUAUGGGAUGGUACUGAAGACCAUGGAAAAGAUGACAGACCUCGAUGUUGUUGCCGCAAUUCGAAGGUGUAGUAACAGCUUCUCAAGAGGCAAAUCCAAGUACCGUGGUGUGCAAGCCAGGAAGGGUCCUGGAAAAGACAGCUUCUUGGGAACUUUUGACACAGAAGAGGAAGCGGCAAUAGCUUUUGACAUUGCAAGUAUUGAGUUGAAGGGCUUUAAGGCUAUAACAAACUUUGAUAUAAAUAGCUACAAUGUCGGCGCCAUCGUUAAUGGCCAAACAGAGCCACCUAAAGAAGCAGAGAAGCUGGAAGUAAUUGGGGUCUCAAACAAUCAGGAAAAGCAAGAAAGUUCCAGGUUUCUUAGCAUGGGAAUUGGAAACAGAAAGAAAAAAAGGCAAAUGAAUUAUCAUCACUUUCUAGGGAAACAUAAAGGAAUGGGUUACUCAAGAAAAAUGAACAUGUCAAACGAAAAACGGGUUAGCAUUUCCUCAGGCUCACAAGUAGUCAACCACAAGGUUGGGGUUUACUCCCAUCUGCAGGGAAUGACAUCAUCAAUGGAGUCCUCAAGUGGUUUUGAACACUCAAAUUCCAGUGCAUUUCAAUCUUAUAAGCAAACAAGUCGAUCUGAGUCUUCUAUCAUGCAAGAGGCAAAAAACCCAUCAUCAAUCUUCCAACUUUUAAGUUCCAAAGUCGGCAUUCCACCACACAAUGUCAACUCUCCACAUGAAGAACAAGAAUAA